GUGCUCCGCUCGGUAGAGUUGUGUACAGAGGGAGAAGGGGACUGAUUGCUAGCUUGGGAGCUAACGAUUAUAGAAACGGGGUUGAACGUGGAAAUGUUUCACACGGUGGGCUUCCUUUCCUAAAAGCGUACAUUGGAUACCUGUUUGUGACGAAGAGGCCUGGACCGGCCGUUUUCAGACAGAACCAACAUACAUUUACGCUUAUAUUGUAGCUAACCAUCGCGCCGUGUAGCCACAGCACAACACAGCAGCGCCAGUCGGAGCCCGUCUCCAAAACAAGAAUGGGGUCUAGGUCCACAGCACGGUUUAGGUAAAGUGACCUUUGGUUGUGUACUCUAAAUGGCAAAUUUCACGAAUUACCAAGAAAGCAAAGCCGCUAUGUUGUUAGUGGAGACGCAACAGAGGGGCAUCGGGACGAAGCCAGCGGCAGCCAAUGAUGGAGACACCUCGGUAGGGGAACCCCCUUCCCCGUUAUUGAAUAUCGGUGGCGUCGGGGCCAGCGGAGCUCGUUUCCAUCAGCACUUGCCGCCUUCCAGCCACCAUCACUACCCCCAGAGCUCGCUGCCCAAAGGACAACAACACCCGCUGUCGCACCACUACCAGGCGGCGACGGAGCAUCAUCUCUCUGUUGAAAACAUCACGGAGUCCCCGGUAAGGAAAGCCUCGUCAUCGUCUUUGAACCUGGUACAGCAGGACCCCGCUGCUAGCCACCACGCACUCGCUGCGUCGGUAAACGCGGCGUCGGCCGCGAUACAACUAUCCGCGAAUGCUAAUGUUAGCGUGGCUACCUCAGAAGGUGUAGUGGACGAUAUUCAGAAGUGUGGCUAUCUGCGGAAACAGAAACACGGCCACAAAAGGUUUUUCGUGCUGAGGGCGGCCAGCCACCUAGGCCUCAGUCGUUUGGAGUACUAUGACAGCGAGAAAAAAUUCCGUAAUAGCCUGCGGUCUGCUGCUGCGGCAGCUGCAAACGGUACGGUCGCCCCUUCUCCCCCGAAAAGGGUGAUCUAUCUGUAUCAGUGCUUCACUGUCAACAAAAGAGCAGAUUCCAAAAACAAACACCUCAUAGCCCUCUACACUAAGGAUGAAUACUUUGCUAUUGUAGCUGAGAACGAGCAGGAACAAGAUGACUGGUACGUAGCCCUGAGUGAACUGAUGAGUGAGGGGAAAAAGGGGCAUCUAGACUCGGACGAGUUGGAUGACGGCUACGGUACCGUCACACCAGGUACGGUUUUUAAAGAGGUGUGGCAGGUGAACGUGAAACCCAAAGGAUUGGGUCAGACCAAGAACCUCACAGGUGUGUAUCGUUUAUGCCUCUCUACUAAAACGAUCCACCUGGUCAAACUAAACUCUGAGACGCCAUGUGUCAACCUUCAGCUGAUGAACAUCAGACGCUGUGGACACUCAGAAAGCUUCUUCUUCAUGGAGGUGGGUCGGUCGUCCUCUAUAGGCCCUGGGGAGAUAUGGAUGCAGGUAGAUGACUCUGUAGUGGCCCAGAACAUGCACGAGACCAUCCUGGAGACCAUGAAGGCUCUGAAGGCCUUUGCUGAGAUCCGCCCCAGGAGCAAGAGCCAAUCUUCUGGCUCCAACCCCAUCGCUUUCAUCACCACCCGCCGUCACCUAGGUAACCUGCCUCCGAGCCAGACAGGUCUCCAGCGCCGCUCCAGGACCGAGUCGGUGGUUGGGACGCCGCCGUCGAGUAAGAGCUCUGGCGCCAGCGGCUAUCGCUUCCGAACAUCGAGCGAGGGUGAGGGGACGAUGAACCGGCCAUUCCGGUCCGUUACCGGCAGCCUGAUCCACCUGAACACUGCCCGGAUACACCUGGGGCGCCAGGAGGGCGGGGUAGGGGCAGGGAAUACUGGGAGCACCGGGGUAGUAGGGCGCUACGCCAGGGCACUACCAGGGUCCACCUACCACGCCCGCUCCGCAUCGCUCCCCGUCUCCCACUUUCCCUCCACCACCUCCCCCGUCAGCGUGUCCAGCAGCAGCGGGCACGGCUCGGUCUCCGAUACCCUUACCCGGCCCUCCUCAGCGUCCAUCUGCGGUUCCCCCUCCGACGGAGGCUUCAACUCCUCAGACGAGUACGGCUCCAGCCCUGGGGAUUUCCGCUACUUCAGGGUCCGGAGCAACACUCCUGAUUCCCUUGGCAACACCCCACCAAUCAGAGAAGAGAACUGCAUGAGCGACUACAUGGCCAUGGGCUGGCACCGUGAGGUGUUCGGAGCCGCCAGCGGUGGAGGGAGUAGCUCUGGCAGCGUGGAGACCCCCAACCGGGACGAGAGCACGUCGACGGAGGACGACAGGUCCCUGAGGAGACGGACCCACUCGUUCACGCGGCCCGGGGGUCAGGGGGGUGUUGCCGGCGGCAGCAGUGGCGUGACGGUGUACCAGAAGAUGACCCAGACCACCUUCUCGCUGGACGAGUCGGUGUCCGUGGGAGAGGCCCUGUCUCUCGGCCGCACCGACAGCAUCACCCAGCCUUCCUCCUCUUCUUCUUCCCUCCGCUCUGACUACAGCUCCUGCUCCGAGCACAGCCAGGGCCGACCCCCUCCUUCUUUGGCCAAAGAGGACAGCGGAUACAUGCCCAUGUUGUGUGGGGUGGCAGCCUCACCCUGUGAUGCACCGGACUACAUGCCUAUGCAACCCAGCUCCCCCUCUCUUCACCACCACCGUCCCCAGCCCUCCCACUCUCCACAGGCCCCCCGCUCAGCCCAACAGCCCACAGACCCCCGUGGCUACAUGAUGAUGCUACCAGGGGGGCGGAGCUCCUCUUCCCCAGUCCAGGCCUCCCCCAGCCCCCACAGCAGUAGCAGUAACAUGGGUGUGGGUAAAGGUAGUGUCAAUAUUUCUGGUAGUUUAGUGGAGCGGCCCGAGAAUGGAGAGUACAUGGACAUGUCGUACAGCAGUAGCGGAGGAGGUGGAGGGGACGCGGCAGGGGGGCGGAAGUUCUCCAACGAGGGGGGAUACUACGCACUGAGCAACCCUGAAGGGAGAGACCCCAAAUCAUACAGCUACAGCCCCUACUUCUCCCUGCCUCGCUCCUACAAGGCCCCUGCUGCGAGAGAGAGGGAACAGAGAGAGAGGGAACAGAGAGAGAGGGAACAGAGAGAGAGGGAACAGAGAGAGAGGGAACAGAGAGAGAGGGAACAGAGAGAGAGGGAACAGAGAGAGAGGGAACAGAGAGAGAGGGAACCGAGAGCGCAUGAUGAGUAUGUACCCAUGAGCUCCCCGGCGAAACCAGUCUACUCCCAGGUUGCUACCGGCAACGUCGCCGAGAGGGGCGUGACGACGAGGGGUAUUGGUAGUGGGGGGUCAGACACCCCUCACAUCCUCCCUCACGCCUACCCGCCCCCUCCCUACGGGGUGCACCACCAAGCGGCUAACGGUGACCGUCGGACGACCCCGGUCCGGCCCAACCGCCUCCCCCUAGGGCGCCGCAGCUUCCACGGGUCACUGAGGGUCAGCGAGCCAGACGCCGCCGAGGUAGUCUCCAGCCCUGGAGAGUACAUCAACAUCGAGUUUGGGGGCCGGUACGGACCCCCAACGUCCUGCCCCCUCUCUGCCCAGGAUGGCUCACCCUCGGUGGGCUCUGCUGAGCAGCGUCGCUCCCCUCCCCACCCCCAUCCUCAGAACCAGGACUAUAUGAGUGUAGAGGUGGGAGGUGGGGGUGAUGAUGGAGGACGCCUGGCUAAGAACAAGUCUCCCAGACCCUCACUGGUGGCUCCCUGGAACCCACCCAGCUACAUCCGACCUCUUGCCGCUGGAGCCUCCGUGAGUGGGGCCCCUGGUUCUUCUGGAGCUCGAUGGCGGACGGGGACAGAUGACUACACAGAUAUGACCUUUAACCUCAGCAGGGGUGAGGAGUCGCGGGGGUUACGGAGUAGUCCCACGGCCAUGCUGCAGCACCUGUGUUUGAUGGAGAGCUGCUACCCCCCCACCUUAACCCCCACCUCUGCCUCCCCUCUCUCCUCCAGCCCCCAGCCUGAGCCCAUCAAGGUGGUUCGCGCGGACCCCCAGGGGCGACGCCGACAUAGCUCCGAAACGUUUUCCUCAUCCUCCACCUCCGGCGGAGCCACGAGCUCCAGCACCAACCCCUCCGCGGGCUCAGCCAACCCCUCGGCCCUCAACGUAGCUCAUCUGGCAGAGAGCUCCAAGUGGACCGGCUCUGGCUCCUUUGACAGUGUGUGGAUGUGUGUUGAGGGGAUAGGGGGGGACUCGGCCGGUCUCCCUGCCCGUCCAGGGCCUUCUGAUCUGGGCAUGGCCUCAGCCUCAUCUGUGUGUCCUCCUGGGGGUCGGAUGUGCAGGAACAUGUCUGUGGGGUAUCAGAACGGACUCAACUACAUCGCCCUGGAGAUGAGAGAGGACCGGGACUCUAACCCUCUACCCGUACCCCAGCAGCAGCAGGGAGGCACCGGGCAUGGUACCGGGGUGACCCUCAACGCCCCCCAAGCCAGUAACCUGACUGUGCCAGUAGCGGAGGACAGCGGAGCCUAUGGCAGUAUAGACUUCAUCAAGUCAGACGGGAUGACUGCCACGUCCAAGGACUGAUGAAGGAAGCUGAGAAUGGAGCAUCACAGACUCCCUCUACCGUGGCCUUCAACACCCACACACCACACUUUGAUCUUCAAUCCCUCAACCUCGACCCCAAGGUCAGCCCACGAGGUCACGCCCCCUCUGAGCAACAUCACCAAGACGACAGAAAACGAAGACUGAAUGCGACACAUUUGUGUUUAUUUUGUUUGCUAACUUUUUUUAAAUAUAUAUAUAUUUUCUUCUCAGACCUGGUUCUGAGGCUGCUGUCAAUGUUAAUGGACUUUAGUUCUGACUUUCUUUCUGAUCCAACAGUACAAAAAGGGAGCUUUGCUUAAACACUUGAGUAUGGCUGUAUAACAAUAAUAAGUCCUAGAGACGGGGUGGAGACUGGUCAGUACAGGUUUCUCUUAAGACUUAAAUACACACUACUAUAUUUAUUGCCACAAUAGGUUUCAGGUGCGUUCAUUAUGUUAACAGGAUUUUAUUGAGUAUUUUUGUACAGCUAACAGAGAACGGUACUGGACUCAACGAUGGUCCCAGUUUUCCUGAUGAAAAAUAUUUUCCGUAAAAGAUGCAGGUACUUUAUUUCCACUUAAGGGCCUUUAUUAACACAGGUCUGGUACUGUGUGUGUGAGACGCUUACACACACACACACACACGUCAGUGUGUCCUGUUUAGGGUAGGCGACACCCUCUGUUUCUGUGAUUCCACUAGUCAGUCAGUAGAGCUGCUGGGUCACACACACACACACACACAUGGGGGCUGGAUGUUGUUAGGGGUUCCAGUAACCUGACUCUACCCCCAAGGUGCAAUGUGCUGGGCAUACUUGCCCCCCCUGUGCAACACACACACACACACACACACACACACACACACACACACACACACACACACACACACACACACACACACUCAAUACACACAUGGACACACAUGGACACACAAUACACACAUGGACACACACUCAAUACACACACACACUCAAUACACGGAUACACGGACACACUCAAUACACACACACAAACGGACACACUCAAUACACACACGGACACACUCAAUACACACACACAAACGGACACACUCAAUACACACACACAAACGGACACACUCAAUACACACACGGACGGGGGACGGGACACACACACACUCAAUACACGGACACAUACAUACACAUACAAACACACACCUCUGUCAGCCUCAAACUUCCCUGCUUAUGCACGCUAGACCCUUCCCACUGCCAAUAGGAGAGAGUGAGAGAAGAGGGGGGGUGGUGAGGGUGUAUUCUCGAUCUAAACACAUCCACAGGAACCAGUGGUUUGCUGGAAAUGUCUUUAGAGUUAGCGCUGGGGAAGUGUAGCUACAACAAAGGGUUGCAAACGGUGCAAUACUUUCUGUCCAAUGUUGCUUGUAAUCAUUCGCUUUGUUCGCCUCGACACAACAGCUGCCCUUACACGUCACACCUUUUUUUUUUUUGCAUCUUGCCAAAAACAUCGCACAUUUCCACUAUCAACUCGCCACACAACGAGACUCAUCGGUUUAUUUUCUGACAGGAAAGAAGUUUAAUAAAACAAGUUGUCAGCACACAACUUGAGAACCGAGGAGGAGUGAUGGAACGACCGUCGUAAAGCUCAAGACCUUCCUCUUUAACUUUUUAUUUUCCCUUCAGUGUUUUACUUUUAUGCAAGUAUGACAAUUUGAAGUACUUUUUUUUUCACCACUGGUUUAAAUACCACAAUAUUAAGCAGUGCUGUGCCACAAAGCUGUACAUGAUGUUUGCAUUUAUAGUACAGCGCAUAAGAGCAAAAUCCAAUGGGUCCAGAUUAGUGUUAACUGCAGUCUGAACCAUAGUGGACUGAACUCCGCUGAAUGGAACGUCACCAAACGUAUUUUGACUCUAAAGUGUGCCAUGGUUUUUUGUAUUCCACUUUUUUCUUUUUUUUUGACCUCCUAUCGCUCCCUUCUGAAAGGCUGGAAGCAGUUAGUCCUAGAGAACUGUUGUGUAUUUUGCGGUAUAAUCUCUGCCAGCCUUUUAUGUAGUUAACCCGCUGUAGGGGUGUAGAGGGAGGGAGAGAUGGACGGAACGAGGGACGGAGGGAGGAGGAGGUGUUAGAGUGCCACUAUCGAUUGUGUGACUGGAUUUUCUUUUUUGUUGUACUCACCUGAUCAUUAUACUGCCUCUCUCCUUCUCUUCUUUCUCUCCUUACCUCUCCAAAAUGUCAGUGGAAAUAAAAACGAGCUUGACUUUUUGUUUCGAAAAGAGAGAGAAACGUGAAAAGCAAAAAAUGAAGUGUGUUUUCAGUAAGAGGGCGAUGAUGUAUUUGUUGGUGUAGAAAAAUAGGACAAUAUGAGAAAGUUGGCCCCAAACCCUUUCAACAACCAGUCACAUCCCAUCUAGCUACCCCUCCAGGAAUAGGGUGACUUAACCUGUUUUACCCCAUUUGGUACAACCAAUGUCUUCUAUGGCACAGAACCUACUGUUAUGUUAUGGAAAAGGAACCGUUACCAUACCUACCAAGGCUGUAACUAUAGAACUAGAAUCAUCAUUCUAAUCCUAUGUUUGGAACACAUUUUAAAGGCUGUACUGUGAUUUGUCUGCAACAUUUUAAACACUUUUUUUUAUUUUAUUUUUUAAACAUUGGCAUUUCAAAGGUUAUGAUGUGCGCUGAAACAAACUUUGUUGCUUUCAUAUUUCGGGUACGUUUAGUUUGACAGUGUUUAAAUUGUUUAGGUUUUGCUGCAGCGCGUUUUGGCUUUGAGCUAUUUUGAUUUGACCAAUACAAAACCUUUAUUUGGAAAAAUACUUUCUGUGAUUUGAGAAGUCUUACCUAAUCAAUUAUCUAAUCAAUACAAUCAAUCAGAAAGAUGAGUAUCGAUUAGCAAGCCUAUCGGCAUUGUUCAGUUUUUCUUACGAUUUAGUUUUAGUGAAUGAGGAUUCUGCUUUGUACUGUGCUGAUCUGACAGGCCACUACGGCCACGUCCCAAAACUCCAUUCUAGACAUGUACUGGACUUGCAUUCUCAGUAGUGUGCGACAAGCUACUAGUGUGGAUGCUUUGAAAAGGGCGUUCUAAGUAAAGAAUGACAAACCCUUGGAUGAUGAUAAGAAUACCUACAUAAUAUAUUACAGAGGAAGUAAGUGGUACUGCAUAAACAUAUGCAGUUGUAUUUUCUUUGUUUUAUCUAGUUUACAGAAAAAAGCAGAAGUUAAAUCUCUGUAGUUUUUGUUGGUGUUGUGUUGAUACUUUUGGUUGAGACUCUUAAAGACAAACGAGGGUUUAAAAUCAUUUUUAAACUAAACAGACAGGAGAAACUUUUUUUUCAAAAAGUACGACUUGGAAAUUUUGCAGUUUUGUAAAAAAAAAAAAAAAAUGUUAAAAGUAAAAAUCGCUGCCUAAUGUUUUGUUACUAUUACUAUUUUAUUUGCUGCUGUGUAGUACGAAAUAACGACUGGUUGAUUGAUGGCAACCGCCACAGUGAUGAGGAAGGUGUCAUUUUCAUUGCUACCUGUGUUUUCUUUCAGAAUUGAAUGGCUUUGUAAUUUAGCUUUACGGAACGUUCUCUUCAUACUGAGGAGUUGUUGAUCUUCAGAGGUGCGUUAUAUUUUCUCAGCAACGUACGUCUUUAGGGGGGAAAACAUUUAAAUAAGAAUAAUUUUCAAAAUAACAGUUCUUGGUGGAUUCCCCCCCCACCCCCCCCCCCCCUUUAAAUAGCAUCUAGUUGUUUUUCUUCAUGUUAAUGGCUCCUCAAGGCACCUUUUUUUCUUCUCUUUAUUUCUCAUUUACUUCCGGGGGGGGGGGGGGGGGGGGCUCUAUUGAAGGAAUGUUGAGCGUUGCAUAGUGUUUAUAUUUAUCAGACUUUUUUUUGCUUUCGAUAGAGCUAUUGCAAUAAAAAUGUGUUAAUGUACAUCUUA